UAAAUGGAAGACUAAUUGAGUGCAUUAUUACAUAUAUUAAUCCUUGGUCAAAACAAAUCAUAUUUGCAAUUUGGUUCUUGUUGGCAUUCCAAUCAUCUUGGUUCUAUCAUCAUGGAGAACAUUGUAGAGGAUGCACCACCAAACAACAUCAAUCUUGAACAACCAUAUAGAACUUGGUACCACUUUCAGCCCAAAAAAAAUUGGAUGAAUGAUCCUAAUGGACCAAUGUACUAUAAAGGAUUUUACCAUUUCUUCUACCAACAUAACCCUGAUGGAGCAAGCUUUGGUGUGAAUAAAAUGGUAUGGGGUCAUUCAAUAUCCAAAGAUCUCAUAAAUUGGACUCAUUUGAAUCAUGCUAUUGAACCAACUUGUGCUGGUGAAACAAGUUGCUUCUCAGGCUCAGCCACAAUAGUCCCUGGAGAACAACCUGUUAUAUAUAUGUUGUAUACAGGAUUAAUCAAUGAAAAAACACACCAAGUUCAAUACUUAGCUAUGCCGAAGGAUCUAUCAGACCCUAAGUUAAUAGAAUGGAUAAAACACCCUCAAAAUCCUUUGAUGGCUGCACCUAAUGGAGUUGAAGUAGGUGAGUUUAGAGACCCUUCAACUGCAUGGCAAGGAAAAGAUGGAAAAUGGAGAGUACUGAUAGGUGCUCGAAAUGGCGAACAAGGAAAAGCUAUUCUUUACAGAAGUGAGGAUUUUGUUAAUUGGAUUGUAGAUCCUAAUCCAUUCUAUGCAACAGAUGGUACCGGUGUUUGUGAAUGUCCGGAUUUUUUUCCUGUGUAUAUCAAUAGUACUAAUGGGGUGGAUACAUCUGUGGAAAAUUCAAGUGUUAGACAUGUCUUUAAGAUAAGUUAUCUACUAAGAUGUCAUGAUUACUACUUCAUUGGGAAAUAUGUAUCUGAUUCUGAUCAGGAAAAGUUUAUUCCUGAUGAAAAAUUUACUGGAACUUGGAAGGAAUUGAGAUUUGACUAUGGUAAUUUUUAUGCUUCAAAGUCAUUUUUUGACUAUGCUAAGAACAGGAGAAUAUUAUGGGCAUGGGUAUUAGAGUCUGACACCAAAGAAGAUGGCAUUGAAAGAGGAUGGGCUGGUCUACAGACAAUUCCAAGGAAGUUUUGGCUUGAUGAAAGUGGGAAGCGAUUACUGCAGUGGCCAAUCGAAGAGUUAGAACAACUACGUUACAAUCAAAUCAAUAUCACUAGAGAGACACUCCUAAGUGGAUCAACUCUUGAAGUAAUAGGUAUCACUGCAUCUCAGGCUGAUGUGGAAGUCUUGUUUGAGCUACCUGAUCUAGAAAGUGCUGAGGUGCUAGAACCAAGUGAAGUUGAUCCUCAAGAACUCUGUAAAGAACAAUAUGCAUCAAUAAAAGGCAUGAUAGGGCCAUUUGGUUUGCAAGCUUUAGCAUCAGAAGACCAGACAGAGAGAACUACAAUAUCUUUCCGAAUAUAUAGAGUCAGCGAUGAAUAUAAAUGCUUGAUGAUAAGUGACCAGACCAGGUCUUCGUCUUCAUUAAGGGAGGGCCUUGAAAAACCAAUAUAUGCAACUAUAUUUGACAUUGAUCCCAAUGUCAAGACGAUUUCACUAAGAAGCUUGAUUGACCGGUCGAUUAUUGAGAGUUUUGGAGAUGGAGGGAAAGUUGUGAUAACAAGUAGAGUUUAUCCCUUAUUGGCUAUAGAGAAAGAUGCACAUCUUUUUGUAUUCAAUGAUGGAAGUCAGAGUGUGGUUAUCUCAGAACUAAAUGCUUGGAGCAUGAAUCAAGCAGAGUUUGAGAAUGAACAAACAUAUUAUGGCUAAAAAGAAUCUGGAAAAUCUUACAACAUUUAUUUAAGAUAAUUUGUAUGUGUUGUAUGCAGGAAAUAAUUUGUGUGCUGUUUGCUGGAAAUAAUUUAUGUUAUUUUCUUGUGUAUUGUUUUUUUGGUUUGUUAAAGAAAUAAAUAUGUAAACUUUCAUUGGA